AAUUGUGAACGAAAAUAAGUAAUAUAUAUCUUCUUAUCUAAGUAAUAUAUAUCUUCUUAUCUAAGAAAGAAAAUCAACUUAUAAGUGAAUAUGGCAGCAGAUCCAUCUGAAGAAGCCCCUGGACCUCAGGUCCCAAAAACAGAAUUGGAGGAGCUGCAAAUCAAAGCUCAGGGAGUUGCCGAUGAGUCCUUGGAAAGCACACGUCGGAUGCUUGCUCUCUGUGAAGAGAGCGCGGAAGUUGGGAUGCGAAGUAUUGUUAUGCUGGACGAGCAAGGAGAACAACUUGACAGAAUUGAAGAAGGAAUGGAUCAAAUUAACGCAGACAUGAGAGAAGCAGAAAAAAACUUGAGUGGAAUGGAAAAAUGUUGUGGAAUUUGUGUUCUACCCUGCAACAAAAGCCAAUCUUUUAAAGAAGACGACGGCACUUGGAAAGGCAACGAUGAUGGAAAAGUUGUUAACAAUCAGCCACAGAGGGUAAUGGAUGAUAGAAAUGGAAUGAUGGCUCAGGCUGGCUAUAUUGGCAGAAUAACAAAUGACGCCCGAGAGGAUGAAAUGGAAGACAAUAUGGGACAAGUUAACACCAUGAUUGGCAAUCUCCGAAAUAUGGCACUGGAUAUGGGCUCUGAACUUGAAAAUCAAAACCGUCAAGUUGAUAGAAUUAAUCGCAAGGGCGAAUCAAAUGAGGCUAGAAUAGCAGUGGCAAAUCAAAGAGCUCACCAGCUUUUAAAAUAAUGAGAUCUAAAAUACAUGAAAUUUACUUAUAUAAACGCGCAUUUUCAAAAUGGUAUAUCGUGUGGUAUAUAAAAUAAGUGAUUUAUAAUUAAUUUUGUGUAAAUGCUUAGUGCUCCAAAAGUUGUAAAUAUUAAAAAAAUUUUAUUCAUUUGCGGAUAUGCUCACAACAUUUUUGUAACCUGCUCUAAAUGCUCAACACUCAUUAUUUUAAUAGGAUGAUUUUGUACAUAAGAUAUUAGAAACCAUAUUAGUAUCCUCAUUACUAAAAAUAACAGGAAUAACUCUAUUGUUACAUAU